GUUGUGUGUUCGUUGAUUUAGAACUGUAUAACAUUAACCAGCAGUAGACCAAUUAGAUUGCUUACUGACCGUCGUUUCUACUGAAUACAGCCAUUAGUAUUUUCCAAUUUUAUAAAAUAUUUAAACAAAUGAUUAUGUCGAUGUGAAAUUAUAUAAAAUUCAUAAUUAUUCGAAAAAUUUCUUUAAAUAGUAACUAAGUUCUUAAGUGGAGUUAAAACUGGGGAUAACUCCCAUGAAAGCAAUUUAAAAAGCACAUGUCUUCACAGUCGCAUUUCAAACCACCAUUUUUACUUUACAAAUGUGGUUAGGGCAUGUUACUACUAAUGCAAAAAUGAUUUAAAAUAAUGUUUGUAUGAUUGUUAUGGAACAUAAGUACUGUUUUCUCAAGUGUCAUCAGAUAUAACUGUUAUAUAAAUACAAAAAAAUGGAUUUUACUAUUAGAAACAUGAUGCGAAUGUCUAUGACAUUUCGUAAUUUAAUGUUCUUCCCAAAUUAUGUGGUUUCUUCAAGGUUAUUUCAAACGAAAAGUCAUUAUUGUACAGUAAAAAAUCAAGACAAAUCUUUCUUAGCACAGACCACUCAUUCAAGUCCUGUCGAUAAUAUAAUCAAGAGUUUGCGUUCUUGUAAAAACUCAAGUGAAAUUUUUAAUGUUAUACAGAAUGAGCAUUCACUGAUGACUAAUCGGCAUAUUAUAGAGGCUUUGACGCUUUUAUUUAAUUUUCAAAAAUAUUCAUCCAGAAAAGUAAAUAAUAUAUACCAUAGACAAGGGUUUAUGUUCUUCUGUGAAGUAAUAAAUAAGAACUUGAGAAACUUUGAUGCAAAUGAAGCUGUGCAUGCAUUGAAAGUUUUAUCAUAUCUUAAAAUUCCUAUUAACAGUAUGAUUAUGCAAUCAGUCCUUCAACUUGUUCGUGAAUCUAUCAAUACAUUGGGAUUGUCAAAAAUAAUAUUUCUGGAUUUUUUAAUCCAUCAAUUUGAAAAAACACCACUGACGGAAGCUUUGUCCAUUGCUUUGCCUAUUGUUUUUGAAGUUCAAGUGGCAACACAACUUGAUAGAAAUAAUAUUAAACAUUUGGCUAGUUGUCUUCAAUACUUAAGCCUAAGGUCUCAGAAUCCAGCCAGUAUUGCAAACGUACUUGAUGCAAUAUUGAAAUUUGAUCAGGAAAUUGAUAUAAUUAGUGCAUGCUCGAUUUUGAGGUCUCUGUGCUCCAUUGAAUCAUUGCCGGAUACAUAUAUGAAACUGGUGCAUAACAUGGAAGAAAUGGUUUCACAAAAAAUAAGUGAAGCAUCAUGUUCUACCAUGAUGCCUGUAUUAUCAAGUGUUGUCGGGAAAAUAAAUGAAAAACAAAAGGAGUUUUAUCAUGAGGGGUUCUUAGAUGCAUGCGCCACUGCUGUUAUUUCCCAAGAUUGGGGUUUCGAAGAAGGAAUAAACGUUCUAUCAAAAUUGACUUCCGUAGGCCAUACGCAGAUACGUCUGCUGGACUAUUUGGCAGCAAAAUGUUUCGAGAACACAACAAUUCUAGCAAGUUCUUCACCAGAACAAAUAGCAAUCCUAGUGAUGGGUCUUGCUAUUGCUGAUUACAAGCCAAUAUUUUGGGAAAGUAUGCAAGAGGCAGUCGUAAAGAGUAAUCUUUUAGAAAGAACAAGCCCAGGAUUCUCAUGGGUCAAAUUUGCCGUUCACCUGACAUCAUUAGAUUGCUUUUGUCCAAAAGUCAUUACAAAGGCAUUCAGCACUACGAUAAACAAAAAGUCGAAUGAAAAACGUCUACUCUUACUGUUAUAUCAAAGUGUAAAGGCCUUAAAUCCUACAUAUGACGGUCCAUGGCCACCAAGAGAUGCAUUGGAAUAUGCAAAAGCCUGGAAUGAACUCAGGGACAAUCAUUUAGAAUUACUCCCAGCGUUGCAAAAGGCUCUGGGUGGUAGUCAGUAUAUUAUCUCUAACGUGAGGACGAAGCUUGGACAUUAUAUCAAUCAUGUAAUCGUAAUGCGUAAAGGCGGCUAUCCAGUCGCUCUGAAUUCUGCAAAUAAUGAUCUGCAGGAUGACGUUAUAUACAUGGAAAAUUUGUCUGUUCCUGCAGAGAGCCAAAUUAUUCUUAUCUUAUGUAUACCAAGAUUUGCAUAUGGACUGAACUCACAACGUCUAACAGGACCUUGGUCAAUGCUGCUAAAAUCCAUGGAGGCAUAUACACAGCAUACCGUCAUACCAAUACACCUAGAUAUGUGGUUAGGUCUUCCAGAUCAUGAGAAGAUUCCUUACCUUAUGCAAUCUAUCCGCCUCAAGUGUGAUGAUUUAUCAGUUACGGCGAAUAUGUAAGGUUCUAAAACUAUAGAACCGUAACAUUGACAUAUGCUUUUUGAGAGUGAUAGUCCAAUUUUGGCAUCAAAAUAUUGUUAAAAACAAUCCCGUUUCCAGAAACGUAUAUAUGUCAUGCGUCGUUUAUUAUUUUUGCAAAGUACUGAAAAACUGACUUUAGUACGACACACGGAUGUUAUCUAGUACCGAUUGUAUAGUUCUGUAAAAUAAAAAAAAAAUAAAACGUUUUAUAAGAAUAACA